CUCAUGAACGCCCUCCCCUCAGAUCCCUCAACUCCUCCGCCCUACGCAAUUCCCUCCUUGUAAGUUGUCUCUCUCUCUCGGCAACCUCCGUCGAUCCUUUCCCUUUUUUCUUUGUCUUCUUCCUUAGUUAUUAUUGCUAUUAUUAUGCUCAGCAAACUGGCAACGGCUUCUCAUAUCAUAUCUUGGAUUCCUAAUCUCUUCCUUUCCUGCUGUAUGCUCUUCCCCCUCUUCUUUCCUUUUUCUCGCCGCCUAUUUUCAUUGUGAUUAUUAUUAUGAUGAUGUAAAGAUUAAUGUCCUUUUGUUUUAUGGAUAAAAUAUGACUGGCAUCAUGAUUGACCUCAAAAGUCUGCAUCUUUCCUCCUUUUGCUUUCCUUCUUUAGCUUCAGCUUCCGAUUCCAUCCCCUUUUGUUCCCGCAUAGCUGCGAUCCGAUGUUCUAUUUAAGGUUUUCCUUCCUGGGUUUCUUUCUUUCAAUUGAUUGAAUGAGCUAGAGACACCCCGCUUUACAAAGUUGCUAUCUUUAGCUGAUGUUUUCAUGUUUCCCCCCUUGUUUGUUCAAUUUCGUGGAGCAGCUAAUCAAAUUUUGAUGACAACAAUAAUACACUUGGAUGAGUGGGGCAAAGCGUGAGGUGAAUAUAUUUAAACAGGCAAUUGCGGUUGUUUGAUGGGCAACACUUGCCGUGGAUCUUUCAAAGGCAAACUGUAUCAGGGCUACACUCAGCCCGAGGAUCUCUCCAGAACAUCAACUUCCAGGCGCAACCCUUCUUCUGAUCACACCAAUUCCAGCAUCGCCACCCCUGAUUUCGUCACCACUCCUAACCCCAACAACCAUAACAAUUUGCCCAUUUUGAGCCCCACCAAGGAAGUCACCACCAUGAGGCGCACAGCAGAAAACCAAGCUUACUACGUUCUCGGCCACAAGACUCCCAAUAUUCGCGACCUCUACAACUUGGGGCGCAAGUUGGGGCAGGGCCAAUUCGGUACUACUUACCUCUGCACUGAGAUUUCCUCCGGGACCGAGUUCGCUUGCAAAUCCAUCUCCAAAAGAAAGUUGAUCGCCAGAGAAGACGUCGAUGAUGUUCGCAGGGAGAUUCAGAUUAUGCACCAUUUGGCUGGUCACAAGAACAUUGUCACCAUUAAAGGUGCCUAUGAGGACCCUUUGUAUGUUCACAUUGUGAUGGAGCUUUGCUCUGGUGGGGAGCUGUUUGAUAGAAUCAUCCAGAGAGGGCAUUACAGCGAGAGGAAAGCCGCUGAGCUUACCAAGAUCAUUGUUGGUGUUGUCGAGGCUUGCCAUUCUCUUGGGGUUAUGCAUAGAGAUCUAAAGCCCGAGAAUUUCUUGUUGGUUAACAAGGACGAUGAUUUCUCUCUCAAGGCCAUCGAUUUUGGGCUCUCUGUGUUUUUCAAACCAGGUCAAAUUUUCACUGAUGUUGUUGGAAGUCCAUAUUAUGUUGCACCAGAGGUGCUUCUCAAACAUUAUGGGCCAGAAGCUGAUGUAUGGACAGCUGGUGUCAUUCUGUACAUAUUGUUAAGUGGGGUGCCGCCAUUUUGGGCUGAGACACAGCAAGGAAUAUUUGAUGCAGUCUUGAAGGGGCAUAUUGACUUUGACUCGGACCCAUGGCCGUUAAUUUCAGAGAGUGCUAAAGAUCUCAUUCGAAGGAUGCUUUCAUCCCAUCCUAAAGAACGCUUGACUGCUCAUGAAGUAUUGUGUCAUCCUUGGAUCUGUGAAAAUGGAGUUGCUCCUGAUAGAGCUCUUGAUGCAGCUGUACUCACUCGUCUCAAGCAGUUCUCAGCAAUGAACAAACUAAAAAAGAUGGCUCUACGGGUGAUAGCUGAAAGCCUUUCGGAGGAAGAGAUUGCUGGUUUGAAGGAAAUGUUCAAGUCUAUGGACACUGAUAACAGUGGUGCAAUAACGUUUGAUGAACUCAAAGCAGGUUUAAGAAGAUAUGGCUCUACCAUGAAGGAUACAGAGAUACGUGAUCUUAUGGAUGCGGCUGAUGUGGACAAUAGUGGGACCAUUGACUAUGGGGAAUUCAUAGCUGCGACAAUCCAUCUCAACAAAUUGGAACGUGAGGAACAUCUUGUUGCUGCAUUCCGGUACUUUGACAAGGAUGGAAGCGGUUACAUCACAGUUGACGAGCUUCAGCAUGCAUGUGCCGAGCAGAACAUGACUGAUGUUUUCAUUGAGGAUAUAAUCAGAGAAGUUGAUCAAGAUAAUGAUGGAAGGAUUGAUUAUGGUGAAUUUGUGGCGAUGAUGCAAAUGGGGAAUGCAGGAAUUGGUAGACGAACAAUGAGGAACAGUCUAAAUUUGAGCAUGAGGGAUGCACCUGGUGCUCAAUAAUGCAUCAUCGCGACACCAACUUGUACAGGUCAGGGACUCUAGUAAAGCUGGGGGGAAGUAUACUGUAGAAGAGUGGACUUCAUUUUAGCAGUUCCCUGUAAUCUUGGAUGUAUUCUGACUGGAGAUGAUUUCAGCAGGCAGUAGAGGAGAUGGCCUAGGAGAGAGCACUGACAGGAGAGACAGCCUCCUCAAAUUUUCAUUUCCGGCCUGAGACUGUAAAAGAAAAGAAGAUUUGGAUUGGAGGUUGGAGGCCCUGUAGUCGAGAGCUAGAAUUUGCAAUGGCUUGGCUUGGAGGGAGACAUUUAUGCAUAAUAAUCUAAAUUGAUGGGAGACUGGAAAAGAAAGAGAUAAAGGGUAAAAGAAACAGGUUGUUGAUGCAUUUUGUAAAUCCGAGUGUGAAUUAAAGAAGUAUUGCUACUGCUACGGCCUCCUCGCUCUGCAAUUGUGGGUUUCGUAAGGAACUCGUGUUAAAGAAAGCUUUUGUUUCCCGUUUGUACCGAUUUUUUUGCAAGCUAUAUCUCCCUAGUUUUUAUUGGACUUCAUCUUCCUCUUUCACUGAAAUCGUGUCUGUAUCUGUGUUUUUUUUUCUGGGUUUUUUUUGGUAGAACAAGUGUGAGAUUGUACUCUCCUCCACUGGCCUGGUGAGGGGGGUUUUAGUAGAGAGAGAGAGUGUGUGCUGCAAUUUGUCCUUGGAAUCAAUUUUUUGGAGCAUUGCAGUUGCUUGUGGAUGAAGUGUUGUAUCAGAUCCUGAAAGAAGAAUUGUUCAUUGUAUUUUGACUUCUAAUAUCUGCCUCUUAACGCUCAGCCCUUGUAUUUUGGUUGUUGUAAUGUUUUAACUAGGAUGUUAUUGUCUGCGCUCUGCGCCGGGAUUUGAAGUAUUUAUUGAAUCAGCUUGGAUUCCAAAAAAAUUUCCACAUAUAUUUACAACAUUGUUGAUGGUAGAGACUGAUUUAAACAUUAGAGCAAACACACCAUUUAAAUUAUGGUUAAUACAAUUCAACCUCAAAA